AUGUUGACGAAUGGAUCUCAGACAAAAGAACAACAAAACCUCAUCACGUGCGCACACAGAACACGGGAUAGACCUCGGGACGGGACGCGACGCACCACCAACCUCUCCGACCCACUGCUAGUGUCAUCCGCUGACAUUCUUAAUCUCCUUGAUCUCGAUGCCCCCAAUGGAUCUUGCGUCCGCCGGGGGACCAAGCUCAGCGAUAUAGUGAUCGAUCGCCGUCCUUUGACAGGCCGCGGCAAGAAGCUUACUCUUGCGCAAGAAGGUGUUCUCAGGAGGCUCUAUGAACAAGAAUUGCCCUCAGUAUCCAAUGGUGAGCUGCCAGCGAAAGGGUUCUGGAUGAAUCUCGCGUCGCAGUUUCGCGAGCAGACCGGUCGGGAGUAUUCGUGGUUGUCUGUGAAGCGGCGGGCUGCAAGUUGGGGUCGGAAAUCUGUAGAAAUUGGCCGGCAACUGGAUACCUCUAGUGCGAGUCAGCUCGGUAUUCAGAAUUCGGUACCUGGACCUAGUCAUCAAGAAAUUGCUCAUGAGUCCCCACCCCAGGAGGGUUCAGACAACAGCGAACAACCCACGAUAUCACAAACAAAGCCUUCACCGUACCCUCAGGAUUCGAAGACCCCGGAAUCGUCUCAACUUGAAAGAAGCCUUGGUAUCGGGGACUGGUUGCAGCGCAGUUGGGUUUCAGGUGGCCCAGACCCAAGCCCAGACCCAAGCCAAGACACCAGUGGGAACCACAGAUCCCCGCGCUUGUCCCAACCCCGGCCCCGAUCAAGAUCGCCCCAACGUGUAUCGCAGCUCAGAGAUCGCCGUCGAUCUCCUUCACCGACGAGACGCACCAAGGCUAUCUCCAGACGGUUGCAUGACCAGCUGGCGUCUUCCUCCAAUGGAAUAGUUGCGUCUGGCCCCAACCCUUUGUCUGGCUCUUCCUCAGCCUAUGAACGUGUGCAGUUCAGCCAUCUGAGUAAACGAAACCCCCCUGGAUUCAACCGUAUCCGCAAGAGGACGGAGAAAGAUGAGCCUGAAACCCCUGAGAGUCGCCGUACUGAUUCAGAAAGAUCUAAACCCGAAGAAAAUAACGUUAGCAACGGUCUUCCUGUGUCGCCGCACUUAUCUGACCAAGAUGACUUACCGCUGGCUCCAACUCGGAUCUUGAGAAGGCGUGCAAAAUGA